GUCUCAGAAGGGGACAUGGAACUGAACGGCGACCCUGGUUGGAAUGAUCGAGUCGCACUCUUGACCGGCAUUCAAGCAAGGUCACGACCUCAGGGGAGGUCUCCGACGACGAGCUUUACCUUCGGGGCAAAGCAUCGCGCAUGCGUACCACCUGCUCGCCCGGCGAAAGUAUUUAAACAAGAUCGCGGGCCUUUCAGAAGGCCACUAUUCUUCGAACUGUCACGAAUCGCGCAACUUCCUUUUUAUUAUCAUUAUUAUUAUUAUUUAUCAUUUUUUUAAAAUCGGCAAAAAAAAUCAGGAGGUACCAAAAGAAAAGAAGGGGGGUAAAGAAAAUUAGGAGCGUCCUUAUCAGAUCGGGAAGACUUCAUCUCACGAAUGCAAUUUCGUUUCCUCUCUUCCUGUCCGGAGGACACGGACGCUCCCUUCCUAAACGCCUCUCACCGCAGCACUUUAAUUACCUUCAACAGUGACCAGUGUUAUUUGCCAGUUAAACUGACAGUGUCUGUCACUAAGUGUCGUUCUCCACUUAGAAUCAACGCAAAAAAAACCACUCAUCGUCAAUGUUUGCCGCAAGCUCUUCAGAAACUUUUCAGGAAACUAGAAUAGUUAUUUCCUUUUUCUUUCAUUUCUCGUGAGAAUAAAAGUGUUUUCUUUUUCUGAAAAAAGAUAGAACUAAUCUGUGAUAAUUAGUUUUUUCCAACUCUUUUUUUUUAAUACGAGAAUUCAUUAAUAUUAAGUAAUUUUAUUUUAAAAUCAAUUAAGUGCUUUUCUAUUCGACAAAUAUUUAAUACUCUAAGCAAUUAAUUGAUUCAUUAACAUAAAAUCAAUAUUAAAUUAAUAUUAAAUGUACUGAAUUUAUUGACCGAAUUUUAUUUAUUUUAUUUAUUUUAUCCAUUUUAUUAAUCGAAUUUUCUUAAUUGAUUUUCAAAUUUCAUUAAUUAAAUUUUGUGAUAAUUGCAAAUUUUCAAGAAGAUUGUAAAAAAUUUGUCUUAAUGUAAAAUAAUAGUGUGCAUACCUCGAAUGUCCUGAAUUUAUUUUUAAAAAGAAAAUAAGAGAAAAGAAAGCCCUCUUUCUUUCCGCGAGUCAGUCAUGGAGGAAAUGGAAGUGCAACAAGAAUUAGAGGACAAAUUGGGAAAUUUGUCAUUUUCACCGCCGCCGAUGAAAAAAUCCGACACAAGGGAUAGUAUUUCGUCAAUUGACAGUGAUGUGAGUCUUUCCUUCGAUCGUCGCGGUUCUAAGGGUGAAGAGGCCGAUUUAUCCGAUAGCGGCAGUUCCGAUUGCGACAGAAAAAUCAGGAACGAGACGAAUCUACAAAAAGCACAAAAUAAAAUUAGUGAUCACGAUUCUGGCGCUGAUUCGUUUGACGAUAUUGUGCCCAGGGAAUCGGAAAGUCAGGUUGCGAAAGAGAAGGCAACAGCAACAGUCGCGGAAGAUUUCGUUCCGCCUUGCGAUGAAUUGUCCGAUAAGAUUUGCGCACAGGUGGAAUUUUACUUCUCCGACGAAAAUAUUGUUAAGGAUGCAUUUUUAUUGAAGCACGUGAAACGAAAUAAGGAAGGUUACGUGUCUCUAAAAUUGAUCUCUAGUUUUAAGAGGGUCAAACACCUUAGUCGUGAUUGGAGAGUGGUGGGCGCUGCUUUGGCGAGGUCAAAAAAGCUCGAGGUAAACGAGCUCGGCACCAAGCUAAGAAGAAUUGAUCCAUUGCCGCCUUUUGAUCAGACAACACCAUCGAGAACUGUUCUCGCCGCCCGUUUGCCAUUGGAAAAAUUGUCCGUCGAAGCUGUUGCGGAACUCUUCAAAUCGUGCGGCGAAAUUGCUUUGAUCCGCGUUCUACGACCCGGCCAUCCUGCGCCUGCUGAGGUGCGACAGGCAAUUGCAAAGAGACCAGAUUUAGCAUCGAGUGAAGAAUGUGCAAUGAUUGAAUUUAUUGAUUCGGCCUCAGCGAGAAUGGCUCUGCAAAUGCCUUUAGGUGAAGCAAAGAUUUAUGCUCUCCAACAGACAGCUGAUAAGAAGAGGAAGCAACAAUCGACGAAGAAGAAUCCCGUAACGAGGGUCUCUCGCGAGGAGACUUAUAAUUCUUCAAGCUGCGCGAGCGGUUCUGAGAAUGAUGAAGGGAAAUCGAGGCAUCGCAGGCAAAUUUACAAUCAUCCGGUUUAUCAUGUAUUCACUGGUCAUCCCUUUCAGCCUGGUCCACCAUCACCGGAAAAUUGGAUGCCAAGAAGACUCUCCUCGUGCUCAAUGUCCGGGGGUCCUGACAAUGGACAAUUACUCCUUCGACGUCUCUCCUCGUGUUCGGGAUCGGGUUCAGAAUCCGGUAAUUUUGGCCGAAGAUUCUCGUCAUGUUCAUCGAGUUCGGAGACUGGUUACUUUCACGCUGUUUAUCCACCGGGAUAUUAUCAUCAGCCAACGCGACGAUUCUCCUGCUGUUCUGGUUCAGGCGGUGGUGGUGGUUCAUCGGGUUCAGAUUGCAGUGGCGGUUGUUUCAGUCCAACGAGACGUGGUUCUGCCGAUUGUGGACCAUUUCUUCGUCGUCUCUCCGCCUGUAGCCGUGAUUCCGGCUAUGAAAUGGGAACAAGAAGAUUGUCCUCGUGCUCAUCGAGUUCAGAGACUGGAUUCUUCCGACCAAGAAGUAAUAGUGGAAUUGUAGUCGCUCAUCUGCCGGAAAAUGUCACGAGACUACCGUCUGGACCCGAUGGAACACGGGGAUUUGGCAGACCACCUAGAAUGGCUACUAGUUAGUUAUAAAUAUUAUUUUCACUUGUAAUUUGUAAAUAUGUACAUUAAUGUAAAAUAUAUUGUUGAAAUUUUCUUAUUUUAAGAAAAAAAAAAAAUAUUGUGUGAGUAUGUACCUAUUCAGGAAGUUAUAAUUUUAAUUCACAUGAUUCACAUUAAAGCAUAGAGUCGAUUGCUUUCGAUAUUUUGUAAAUAGUCAAAAUCGUCAAAAUAAAGGCGUUGCUUUCAUUUCUUCAAUGAAUAAUGUCACAAAAUAAUUUGUUUACUAUUUUUUUUUACUUUUGACGCUCUAAUUUAAAAUCUAAUGUUAUAAUUAUCCUGUCAUGCAUGAAUUUAAAUUUCUCAAAACAUUUAUCGUCAUUCAACGUCAAAUUAUUAAAAAAUGUUGAGUAAAGUCUGAUACAUAACCUCAAACAUUUUAGAUGUGAGUCCUCAAUAUUCUCGCUCACUGCGGACAAUAGUAUUAAACUUCUUCUUCAAUUUUAAUACAACUUGAUUCAUUUUUUCACAAACAUUCAUUGACAAUAAACAAAAAAAAUAAUAGAAUAGAAAGAACUGAAAAAAAUCUCUUUCUUUCUUUAUUCAAAAUAUACUGAAGUACAACGCGAACAAUUUGAAAAGUUUCAACGAAUAUC